GAAUUCAGUGCAGAAACUGUAAACAUUUGUAGUUGACAGCUGAAAAAUAAAUCAAUUACAGAGUUAUUCCUCCUUUUUCACUGAAAAAACAAUUUUAUUUUAUUUAAAUAAUGUAAGGAUUUUGGAAUUUCCCUUAAACUAAUUGAUUUGGUGUCGAAGAAAUUGGGCGGUGUGCCAUUGCGUGCAAAAAUGUUGGUAAAAAAUAUAAUUCGUCAAAUAUUGAAUAACAAGUAUGAACGUGAGCAAAAAAUUUACUGUGUUGCGGUGUGCAUUGCAAUUUGGAUUGCAAUCAUUUAUGUGAUAAUAAUCUCAUCACCGAUUACCCAUGCCAACGAACGCAAUGAACGGAUUUCAUUGGAUUUGAGUAAUGUGGAAAAGUUUCGAUUGGAAACAGAUGCGGAGUUAACACGACGGAGAAAUGAGAACUGCUCGUAUUGGGAUUGUUUCAAUAUUUAUCGAUGUGGAGAGAGACUCUCGAUCUAUAUUUACCCAUUGGUGGAUUAUUAUGAUGCUGAAAAAUCAGAAGCAAAGUCGUCGUUGGCGGUUUUAAGCAAAGAAUUUUUCGAAAUUUUGAAAAUUAUCAUUGAAAGUCCGUAUUAUACAUCAGAUCCAAAAGAGGCAUGCAUCUUAGUACCCUCCAUUGACACACUCAAUCUAAAACAUAUCGAUCCAUCGACUGUUUCCAAAGCACUAGCCACUUUACCUUACUGGGAAAAUGGUGAAAAUCAUCUAUUGUUCAACAUCGUUUCGCCAGAGAGUGGAAUUGAAUCGUUCAACACCGACCGAGCCAUCGUUGCGGGCGCCAAUUUUGACAGCUGGACAUAUCGAACUGGAUUUGAUGUUGCCUUUCCCUUCCUGGGCUAUGUUAGAGAUGAAAAGAUGGUGUCAUUGAGCAAAGCAAGAAAUUCAUUCUGGUUGACGGUUUCAACAUUGAAUCUCAAUGAAGUUCAAUUAAGCACAAUGACUGACGUUGUCACGAAAAGUGAUCGAAAAAUCCUACUGCUGGAUAAGUGUCCGAAAAAUGUGCCAAACCGUGGAUCGAUUGGGGUUCGAUGUGCAUAUGGCACAAGCACCACAUAUGAUAUCAAAUCGGUUUAUGCACAAAGUCAAUUCUGCCUGAUUGCAAAAACGGAACGUUUGUUCGAAUUGAAUUUCAUCGAAGCACUAGCUGCUAAUUGUAUCCCAGUCAUAUUCGCUGAUAAUGUCAUUUUACCCUUCAGUGAGAUCAUCGAUUGGCAACUAGCCGUAGUUACGUUGCGUGAGGCCGAUUUACAGUCAAUUAAUCUAAAGCUGCGAUCGAUUUCCUUGGACAAAAUCGACGAGUUACAACGACAAGGUGGAUGGUUCUACGAACAAUACUUGGCAUCGAAUGAAAAAAUCGUCAAAACAAUGUUGGCCGAGUUGAAUGACCGUAUCUUUGCAUAUCGAGCCAAAUCGUACUUCGACUGGAAUAUGCCAGCUCAGCGUGUCGUACAAAAUCCAUUGUUUUUGUCACGAGUUGCACACAAAUCACAAGGAUUCACUGCCGUUAUUCUCACCUACGAUCGCAUUGAAAGCCUUUUUAAACUCAUUCAGAAGCUAUCGGUCGUUAUGUCAUUGCAGAAGAUUUUGGUCGUUUGGAAUAACGAAAAGGAAGCACCACCACACAUAUCCAUUUUUCCGAAGAUAAGCAAACCAUUGAAAGUUAUUCGAACUAAAGCAAACAAAUUAUCUAAUCGAUUUUAUCCGUAUGAGGAAAUCGAAACUGAAGCCAUACUCACGAUUGACGAUGAUAUCAUUAUGCUAACAGCAGAUGAAUUGGACUUUGGAUAUGAAGUGUGGCGUGAAUUUCCCGAUCGAAUUGUUGGUUUCCCAAGUCGAACUCACAUCUGGGACAACCAUACGUUGCGAUGGCGAUACGAGUCGGAAUGGACAAAUCAGAUCUCAAUGGUAUUAACUGGAGCGGCGUUCCAUCAUAAGUACUGGAGUUAUGCGUACACAAAUCAAAUGCCAGCUGAGAUAAAGGAAUGGGUCGAUGAUCACAUGAACUGUGAAGAUAUCGCAAUGAACUUUUUGGUAGCAAACUUCACCAAGAAACCGCCAAUCAAAGUGGCACCACGCAAAAAAUUCAAAUGUCCAGAAUGUACAAACACUGAAAUGCUCUCGGCUGACAUCAAUCACAUGAUGGAGCGAUCAGCGUGCAUCGAUCGCUUCGCCAAGGUCUACGGCACUAUGACACUACGGACAGUUGAAUUUAGAGCCGAUCCCGUGCUAUACAAAGAUAUUUUCCCAGAGAAAUUGAAACGGUUCAAUGCCGUUGGGAGUCUUUAGAGUUUAGAGAAUACGGUAUACUAUUUAACGUAAUUUUUGCGAUCCAGCAACUACCAAAAAUGAUUUAUCUCAAUUAGUGUCAUGUAGUUAUGUGUCUAUUUUGGAAAAUUUUCCGCAAAUAUAUCAACUACUAGAUGCAAUUUUUAAUCGUUUACGGAUAAUUCCAAAUGUCCAAGUCUAUACGUGUAUAUAUAUUUUAUAAAUAUGAAUGUUCACGAAAUAAUCGGUAGCUGUAGACUUCUAGAAGAAUAAAGCUACUACAAAUUUUAGUCUGAAAAUAAAACCAAUUCAUUAUUGUCGGUAGAA